AGAGAGAGAGAGAGUAGCUUUACUUGGUCAACCUAAGGUUCGACAAAGAGAUAUGGGCAUACUUGUAGUUUUUCUCAUAGUCCAAACUCAACAGUCUAGAUUCGUUUUUCUCUACCGAUCAUGACCCCCUUUUAUUUUCUAAUCAACCAACCCCCCUCUCUACUCCAUUCUUAAAUUUUAUAGACUCAAAUACCCUUCCACAAGUUCUCUUUUAUAUAUAUUCCCCUUUCGAUCUCUGAGAUCAUCUCCUCCAUUAUUUUAUUUCCACCCUCCUAUAUUUCAACAACUCUGGUCUCCUUAUUCCACACCCUUCAAAAAAAUAGGUUAAUCUCCACACACACAAAAAAAAAAUGAUUUCCCAGUAUUUCUGCAACACUGGCCUCACUCUUGGCUCAACCUCUCUUGAUCAUCACAACCCCGAUCACCACCAUCUUCGGAAUCGAGACGAAAGGAAAUCGUCGUUGAGAUUCGAUCACGCGAUCCCGUCUCUUACGCUGGGUUUGAUCUCGUCGGAGGAAGAGAAACAUCAGGUAUCGAAUUAUUCAGUUCUUUUUCGCCGACAGGUCUCCCACUCGAUUAGUGCGACGUCGUCGUACUCCAACAACUCCAGUGUGAAGAGAGAGAGAGAUGGUGUUGGGGAGGAGGCGGAGGUGGAGAGAGAAAGAUGUUCCAAGGUGGGGGGUGAUCAUGAUCAGGAUCUUGAAGAGGGAAGUGUUGCAAGGAAGAAACUUAGACUUAGCAAAGAACAGUCUGUGGUGUUAGAAGACAGGUUCAAAGAACACAGUAGUCUCAAUCCUAAGCAAAAGCAGACCUUGGCGAAGCAGCUGAAUCUACAGCCUCGGCAAGUGGAAGUUUGGUUUCAAAACAGGAGAGCCAGGACAAAGCUUAAGCAAACUGAGGUAGAGUGCGAGUUACUGAGGAAGUGUUGUGACACACUAACAGAUGAGAACAAAAGGCUGAGGAAUGAAAUACAAGAGCUGAAAGCACUCAAGAAAACUGCGCCGUUCUAUAUGCAACUGCCGGCGGCGGUAGCCACCCUCACCGUGUGCCCCUCCUGUGAGCGGCACGACAGCAGUGGCGAAAACUCCUCCAAAAGCCUUUUUUCUAUUGGCGCAAAGUCUCAUUUUUACAAUUCCUUCACCCAUCCGUCUGCAGCUUGCUUGCAAGAUUUUAAAUAGCAGUCUAUACGUACGUAUAUAUGUAAAUAUGUCUACAUGUAUAUCGCUUGUUACGUGUACAAAUUUAUCGACUAACGUUAGUCUACACGUGCUGUAUAUGUCUACAUAUCGCUCGAUCGUUUAAACACUACUUGGAGGUUAGAAACUUUAGUUCAAGCUAGCCUUCUAUGUAUAGAACUAGUUGUAUUAUGCAAUUUCUAUUGUCCUCUCU